AUGCACAAGAGCAGUUUCGAAGUCAACAAAGUGUCAGACACAGUGAGCGAGCAAGGCAGUGGAAAUCCAGCACACGAGACAAAACAGAUGCAAAUGAGAAAUUACCGCACGGGCCCCUGCUUCAGCCAGGUGAACAAGCAGAUGUGCCAAGGCCAGCUGAGCGGCAUCGUCUGCACCAAAACCAUGUGCUGCGCCACCAUCGGCCGCGCCUGGGGCCACCCCUGCGAGAUGUGUCCGGCCCAGCCCCACCCUUGCCGCCGCGGAUUCAUUCCCAACAUCAGAACCGGAGCCUGCCAAGAUGUGGACGAGUGCCAGGCCAUCCCCGGAUUGUGCCAAGGGGGGAACUGUCUCAACACCGUGGGCUCCUACGAAUGCAAGUGCCCGGCGGGUCACAAGCAGAGCGAGACCAACCACAAGUGCGAAGGUGAGGAGGCUCAGGGGAGAAGAAGGCAAGUCAGUUUCGGAGCAGAGUUUGGUUUGGAAAAGAAUUGUUGGGGUGGGAAGUGUAGAGCAGCAGAGGCAGAGAUGUUGCAGGUGGAAAACGUCAACCAUGGGAAUCUCCAUUCCUACCAGGGUCAUCGUGGGAUGGCCAACAACAAGCCCAACGUCAUCCUUCAGAUAGGGAAGUGCAGGGCUGACAUGUUAGACCACGUGAGGAGAACCCACCGACACCUCUUGACCGAGGUGUCCAAGCAAGUGGAGAGGGAGCUGAAAAGCCUACAGAAAUCGGUGGGGAAACUGGAGAACAAUCUAGAAGACCACGUUCCUUCAGCCGCGGAGAACCAGAGGUGGAAAAAGUCCAUCAAGUCUUGCCUGGCUAGAUGCCAGGAGACCAUUGCUCACCUGGAGAGGUGGGUCAAGAGGGAGAUUAAUGUCUGGAAGGAAGUCUUUUUCCGCUUGGAGAAAUGGGCAGACCGGUUGGAGUCUGGUGGGGGAAAGUAUUCCCAUGGGGACCAGGGCAGGCAAACGGUCUCGGUGGGAGUAGGGACCCCGGAAAUCCAACCCAGCAAAGAGGAGAUUUAUGAUUAUGCCUUAGACAUGAGUCAGAUGUACGCCCUGACCUCUCCUCCUAUUGGGGAAGACCCUAGUGCGCCCCAGCCCCAUGACUCCUAUCAGUGGAUCACUGUUUCAGAUGAUGCCCCAAGCUCUCCGGUGGAGACCCAGAUCUUUGAGGAUCCCAGGGAAUUCCUGACUCAUCUGGAGGAUUAUCUGAAGCAGGUGGGUGGGACGGAGGACUAUUGGCUCUCCCAGAUCCAGAACCACAUGAAUGGCCCUGCUAAAAAGUGGUGGGAAUACAAGCAGGACUCGGUCAAGAACUGGCUGGAGUUUAAGAAAGAGUUCCUUCAAUACAGCGAGGGCACCUUGACCAGGGAUGCCAUCAAACAGGAGCUGGAUCUCCCCCAGAAGGAUGGGGAGCCCCUUGACCAGUUCCUUUGGCGCAAGCGGGACUUGUACCAGACUCUCUACAUAGAUGCUGAGGAAGAGGAUGUCAUCCAGUAUGUCGUAGGGACCCUCCAGCCCAAACUCAAACGUUUCCUCAGCCACCCCUACCCCAAAACCUUAGAGCAGCUGAUCCAACGGGGCAAGGAAGUUGAGGGCAGCCUAGAUAAUUCUGAGGAGCCCAGUCCCCAGAGGUCCCCCAAACUCCAGCUAGGAGGAUCGGUGGAGAGUCUGCCUCCUUCUUCGACGGCUAGCCCCGUGGCUAGCGACGCAACUCAUCCAGAUGUGUCUGCCCCACCAGUCACAGUGAUCUGA